CUCUUUCCAUUUUGAAAAUGAGUUUAUUUGAAUUUGAAAGAAAAUUAGAGUAAGGGAGAAAUGAGGAUUUAAAGCGCACUCCCCCCUCUACCACUUCUAUAAGAUACUCUGCAUACUUGUAGAUCACGCACUAAUAUUUUUGGAAGUCUUCUAUGAGUGUCUUAUACAUUGUAAUUAAGGUUCUUAUUUUUUCAUAUGUUUGGUGGUGACAGUGUGGGUUCCUUUAGACAGACGGAUUCUGAUUGCUUUCUGAUCAUUCCUAUCUAUCCCUUUAGGCCUGUGAGUAGUGACUUAAAAGAGCAACUAUUUAAUUUUCAUGAUUCUGUUAGUUGAGUGGCAGUUCUGCUGGUUUCACCUGGGCUCACUCUUGUGUUUUAUUUCAGCUAAUAGGUUUAGUGAGGUAAACUAAGCCCAGCUGAGGUGACUGGGACUUCUGAAUCUCUGGUAUAUGUGGUCUUGCAUCAAGGAGGCUAGACUCAACUGCUUCAUGUUUAAACUCGGUAGCUUUCCAAGAGGGUGAAAAUGGAAGCUAGAAGGUUUGCUUUAGAGGUCAUACAACAUCCAUUCUGCUAUAUUAUUUUCAUCAAAGCAAGUCUCAAGGUGAGCCCAGCUUGAAGAGGGGUAGGAAAUGGAGUCCACGUGUUGGUGGGAGAGCGGCCAAGUCAUAUGGCAAAGGGAUGUGGACACAGAGAACUGUGAUUCAUUGGUGACUAUUUUUAUAACUAUUUACCAUGUAACCCACAGUGAGCUAUUAGCAGUAUUCAAAAAAGGCCAUACUCAAGAAGCAGCUAUUCUAGCCCUUUUAGAUCUUUAUUGCUAGCAACACUAAGAACUUUGCAAUUACUGUAAUGGAUAUUAAACAUGGGGUUUCAAAAUUGAUGAAAUGUUAAUCUUAAAGAUUAACAUUUAUGUAGUUUGACUAACAGAUAUGUAGAUUGACUAAAAUAUUCUAGAAAUGGUCUCCAUAUUUAUAGGUUGCCUUUGGACCAGUUUCUAAUUUACCCAGUGUUGUUAAACAAAUGUUCUCAUUUCCAUACCAGUCAAUUCAUGGAAAAAAGUUUGUAGUCUUGCCCUCAGAGAUUAAGUAGCAUUUUGUUAAUAAGGGAUGAACAUAAAUACUUCUUUCCUUAUCAGUCAGAAUUCUUGGUUGUAAACAACAGAACCUUAAUCUAGCUAAUUUAACCUGCUCUUGAGUUGUCUAGGGUGCUCCUUGUCAAGUUUAUUUCUAGAUCAUUGGAAGAUUUGAAAGCAUUUAAGCUGUUUGAUCAUGUCUGGUUUCUAUCCUGCUUUAGAUAAAGGGGUAACAGUGUCUCUAUUGACUGGCCAGGGAUUAAUCAUUUGGUGACAAUCCCAUAAAGGAGGCAUUAUAGUCAUAGAUGUAUAAUCUUGAUCAUUUAUCUAAACCCUGCUGUGCUAACAUUUUAUUAUCUACUAGCAUUUAAAAAUUUCCACAGGCAAUUUAUAGUAUCACUUCCUUUCUUUCAUCCUUUUCUCCUGUGAAAGUUGUUUUAGGCUUUUGAAAAAGAUCCACACCGAUCUAAUGUCCUAUUUGUUUGUAGGUUUGUCAUUAAAAAUAUCUGAAUACAUGGUGAGAAAUUGUCAUUAUGGCUUGAUCUUCUGAGGCUCUUGAGAAAGAAUAGUAAAGGUGAGAAGAACCAGUCUUGAAAGAGAUUCUGGUACUUGGAGAAUGUGGUCCGGAAAGGAAGAGAAACUCACAAAUAACCAGAACUAGCUUCUCUAGAGUAUUGUAAAGGCUGCCUUUUUCUAUCUUUCCCUGAAUCUCAACAUUGACUUUAAUGUUGUUUCUUCUCCAGAUUGCCUUACGAGUUCAUCUAAAAUGAUUAUCAUUUGGAGAGUUGGGGUGCACUACUGAGAACAUGCCAUGUAACAUGAUCAUGCCCUAAGCCCCCUGGCACCAGUUUUAGGCUCCAAGUCAUCUCUGCUUAAUGAGGCUUUGAUGUUUUAUAGAAUUAUUUGGUAUACUUUGUUGGGAAAGAUUAAAAUAUUAUACUUGGACUGUUUUCAAAAUAGUUGCAUAUGUUUCUGAAGUAUAGAGUGUAUUUAAAUCUAAUUUAUGUAAGUUAAGUAACAUUCCAUUACUCUUUUGUGCUUGUUCAUUUAUGCAGUGAAUAUCUUCUAAAGACCCCAAUUUAAUUUUGGUUAGAUGUGAAUGCAUUUAAUACUGAAAAAAAAUUCCUGCCUUUCUGUCUUUCCUCCCCCCAUAUUAUGUGUGAACAUUUCCUUGCAAGAAGACUAAGAUUUAGCUGUAUUAGUAUACUUUAUUUGCCACACUAGUUAUCUACUGUCUCAAAUCAGGCUUUUGAAGAAAGGACUUUUGAUCUUUUACUCUGGAUAUCCAGUUUUCAUAGUGUGGCUUUUGUUCUAUUAUUAUGCUAUAUUAAAUCUUAGUGUUUCUUUAGUGUAAUUACCAUGUAGAUAUCAUGGAUAAUGGGCUAGAUGGUUUUAAGCAUACAUUACAUGACAUGUGUUAUUUAGUUUCUGAUUUCAGUAGUUUGUGGGCAUUGAGCACAUUCACAUUUAUGAUUACAAAGAUCCUUAAUUUUGUCCCCAGAAACUUAGUCAUAUAAAGUGAUUAAUAGGUUCCAGAGAUUAGAACCUGAUAUCUUUGGGUACCACCUUCUAGUCCACUAUACUUUGCCUUCUUGCUUCCAAAUAUUCGCAUUUAUUUGUUCCACAUGCAAAAUACAUGCACCCCACUCCAAAAUGCAUAUACUCCUAACCUAUUAUAGCGUCAACUCUAAUCCAGAUUUCAUUGGGACAUGAUCACCUCUACAAUUCCAAAUCUCAUUAUCAAAAUCAUCUAAAUCAGGUAUGGAUGCAAAUAUCAGUCUAUCCAUUGUGACACACAAUUCCUAUUUCAGGUAUUACAAAACAGUUAUAAAGAUUCUCAUUCAAAAAGGGAGCAAACGGAAGGGAGAAAGUCCACGCAGUUUCAAAAUGCAGCCAGGCAAAUUCUGUAAACGCAAAGCACUGAAGUUGAAUUUUGCAAAUCCACCUUUCAAAUCUACAGCAAGGUUUACUCUGAAUCCCAAUCCUACAGGAGUUCAAAACCCACACAUAGAGAGACUGAGAACACACAGCAUUGAAUCAUCAGGAAAACUGAAGAUCUCCCCUGAACAGCACUGGGAUUUCACUGCAGAGGACUUGAAAGACCUUGGAGAAAUUGGACGAGGAGCUUAUGGUUCUGUCAACAAAAUGGUCCACAAACCAAGUGCACAAAUAAUGGCAGUUAAAAGAAUUCGGUCAACAGUGGAUGAAAAAGAACAAAAACAACUUCUUAUGGAUUUGGAUGUAGUAAUGCGGAGUAGUGAUUGCCCAUACAUUGUUCAGUUUUAUGGUGCACUCUUCAGAGAGGGUGACUGUUGGAUCUGUAUGGAACUCAUGUCUACCUCGUUUGAUAAGUUUUACAAAUAUGUAUAUAGUGUAUUAGAUGAUGUUAUUCCAGAAGAAAUUUUAGGAAAAAUCACUUUAGCAACUGUGAAAGCACUAAACCACUUAAAAGAAAACUUGAAAAUUAUUCACAGAGAUAUCAAACCUUCCAAUAUUCUUCUGGACAGAAGUGGAAAUAUUAAACUCUGUGACUUUGGCAUCAGUGGACAGCUUGUUGACUCCAUUGCCAAGACAAGAGAUGCUGGGUGUAGGCCAUACAUGGCAGUAAGUGUAAAAGCCAAGCCUUCUUGCUUGGCUGUCAUUGCACAAAGAGCCUAUGCCCUUUGGUGCUGUUCUUCUAAGGAAUCUUCCAGUGAUCAUGCAGUUUCACCAUACUAGAAUGUUUUUCUCUUCCCUAAAGACCAAGCUCAAGUUCUAGCUGCUCCAUGAAACUUUGUGAAAUUGUCCCAGUGAAUUUCUGUCUUCAUUGUCUUACUCUCCUUUUCUUAUAUGGCAUUUAUCAUUUGUGGUCUUUUUGAUUUUUUAUUUUUUUCCAACUCUACUAAUCUUAGUCUAGAUGUUUAAUUUGCAGGUUUCUGUGUGUUUCUAGCACUCCAUGUUAUCUUGACUGGUAGAUGAUGUUGUAGUAGGUUGAUAAUGUGUGAUAAGCUAUUAAACAAUGUUAUUUCCAGUUUAAGGAGAAUCGGAAGGCUUGUGUUCUUAACAAAACUCGAUAUGUCUUAGAGUGUGAAACUAUGUUUUGAAUUUUUUUUUUCCCUCUUCAGAGGUGGAUGCGCCUGCUGACAAAUAUCAAGGGAGUGACCUUAGUUAGGUAUUUCCUAACCUGAAGCCUCUUCCCCCUUAAGGAGGCUUCCCUACCCUGCCCUCACAUAUGGUUCUCAUCUCACCUCAGUGUAUUUGCACAUACUGUUCCUACAGUCUGGAUUUUGAUCUAUAUCUGGUUGGAAAUUUAGCAUCUCUAUUUUAAGUAAUUUCCCAACGGUUGGUGUCUUCCUUAAUGUGGCCAUGACUCUUGGCAGACCAGCAUUCUGUUCUAAAUGGUGAUAAGUAAGGGUUUGGUCAUACAUUCUGUUAGAAGUUUCUGUUUCAAUAUGGACUCUUUUAAGCUAUAAAAUUUUCUUGGAGUUGAAUAAAAAUUUUCCUUUUAUUUGAUACUUUAUUUCUUAAGUUAUAUAUUCUCAAGUCAGUACUAAAAGAAACAGAAAAGUAAGAAAAACCCUAGCAAUGUAGCAUAGCAUUUUUAUCUUCUUUAUAAAUG